AUUUAUUCUUAUUGUUUUUAAGUUUUCUUUUUAGGUCUAAAAUUGAGAGACUAGAAACUAGCUAUGGCCUCCUUCUCCUCCUCUUCGUUGUCAUUCUUCGUUACGGUCAUGUUGGUGUUAGGAAGGAUUUCCUCUCAGCUGUCACCUAAUUUCUAUUCUCUUUCUUGUCCAUCAGCUCUUACCACAAUCCAAACCGAAGUAAUAAGUGCGGUGGCCAAAGAGCGUCGCAUGGGAGCCUCUUUGCUACGCCUCCAUUUCCAUGACUGCUUUGUUCAAGGUUGUGAUGGAUCGGUAUUGUUGGACGACAUCCCGGGCGUUUUCACCGGAGAAAAGAAUGCAUUGCCAAAUGCAAACUCGUUGAGAGGAUUUGAAGUUAUAGAUACCAUCAAAUCUAAACUUGAAUCCAAGUGCAAUGCAACUGUUUCCUGCGCUGAUAUAUUGGCUGUUGCGGCUCGUGAUUCUGUUGUUGCAUUGGGCGGUCCUAGCUGGGUUGUGAAAUUAGGCAGAAGAGAUUCCACUAAUGCAAGUUUAACUGAUGCUAACUCCCAGCUGCCUUCACCAUUCCUAAAUCUUGCUGCUCUUUUGACCUCCUUCGCAAACAAGGGCUUUGACGCUAAGGAUAUGGUGGCUCUGUCAGGAGCUCACACUGUUGGUCAAGCAAGAUGUUUACUAUUUCGGAACCGAAUCUACAACGAGGCUAAUAUAGAUCCGCAGUUUGCCAAUUUACGGAAGCAAAACUGCUCGAAUAGUACUUCUGGUGGAGACGACAAUAACCUAGCUUCUCUUGAUCAAACCGGAACAUUUUUUGACAGCCAGUAUUUCAAGGACUUGGUGGAGUUAAACGGUCUUUUGCAUUCUGAUCAACAGCUCUACAACAAUGGUUCCACAGACUCUCAAGUUCUUGCCUACAAAACCAACAAGCUUCAGUUUUUUCAUGAUUUUGCUAAUGCAAUGGUAAAGAUGGGAGAUCUCAGCCCUCUUACCGGAUCAAACGGACAGAUAAGAACCGACUGCAGGAAAAUAAAUGCUUAAUUAAUCUUGUUUUGUGAUAACCGAUUUGUCCUAAAUAUUAAUGUUGAUAUAUAUAUAUAUAUAUAAAAGAUAAUAAAUGGC